UGUGGGACAGAGCUUCAACCACUGACGAGAGGGUGAGAGCGAGAGAACCCGCCAGCCUGGGCCCGCUGUGGAUGGGAUGGAUGGUUGGUGAGCUAAUAACGAGUGCUGUUCCUGCAGGUCUGACUGGACGUCUCGAGGCUAGCCAGUUGGCGUUUUUCUCCAUCUCCUCCAGAUAGAAAAACGGCCAGGCAGAACCACCAAAUGCACGGGAGAUAUUGCCAAGUAUUGAGUCAGAAUGAGCCAGUCAACAGCCAGGCUGUGUAAGCGUUGGCUUUGAGGAUCGGUAAAGAGGAACGAGGCCGGACGUAUUCUUCAACAGUUUCGAAUGUAACGCCAAUCCUAGAUGCAGGAGCUCGGGAAAGACAGCAGCAGUAGCAGCAUGUUUAUGCUGAGGAAGGGGGACAACGCAUCAAGGGAGGAGACGUCCUGCCGCACGUCCGGCCGUGGGUGUGGUGCCGCACCACUUCAAUGGUCUUCUCGAUCCACUGGGAAUUGUUCGAGAAAAUCCAGUGGGAUUUAGCGGAGAGAAUGUAACUCUCAGAGUAGGAAACUAGACCGGCAUGCAGUCAAACGCAGACGUGCGUUGCGCCGGGGCCGAGCCCUUGAUGACUGGGCACGAUUUCAUAGGACAGAUGGAAAACCAUGGCAGCCACAGUCGGAUUCCCUUCCAUCAGUCAGUCCCCUCUUUUCAGCAGCCGAUAGACAUGACAUGGAAGUCCAAGAGGUGGCUCGUUCGUUCGUUCGGGAGUCAUAUCUUCAGAGUACCUUGUAUAUGCAUGGAGAAAAAAAAAGGCUUGGCGCAACCAGGUGUUCGUGUCGAGCAUGCGGCUAGGGCUUUUGUCAGAGAAGGAUGAGCGAAUCAUCAAAAGUGGUUGAUGCAAUCGAAGGAACUGUUCGUGGGACAAACCACCUGCCGUGACAGCCUCUGGAGAUUAUUGAAAGGCGCAACACGAAGAGGAGAGAGACGGACGGAGGGCCCCCUUCUCUGAACAUGAUCCCCGCGUGUAAGCCGAUGCAAGACAUACAGUCAAACUGCGUGGCAGCUGCAGAGCCAACAAAACCCAUGCACCUUCUCCAAAUGCCCCCUCAUUCCAAAGCAUAUAUCAUGGCAUCAUAAGUGCUUCCCCACCGCGGGGUUGAUGUAGGGCCUGAAUAGCUGUGCCAUAGAGCGAGUGUACACUUUUCGAUAUUCGAAUGUUCCGAUGGGAUCCAUAGGUAGUAGGUAGAGAAAUAUGUAUGUUGAAUGAGAUAAGAGAUUCGAGGUGACGUCUACGUAGGUAUCCUUUGGGGUCAAUAAACCACCCAACCCCAAGCAACGCCGUCCAUGCAAUUUAAUAAACAUACACAUCCGCCCGGGCCGCAUUCGCUGCCGCCGCCGGCCAGAUUUCUUUUUUCUGUCGUCUUCUCGUGUUGAAACCCUGACAACCACGCCUCGCUUUAACCAAACACCUUGAGAAACCCCCAAAUUCCGAGACCGCUGAGAACCGGGAUGGUCAGAUUAUCGUCCCAGCCAAAGAGGUCAACCACCUCGCUAGCCGCAGCCACAAACCCAGACCACAGACUCAUGACACCAAGCGCAAGCCCUCCAGAAAUAGUCGCCUUCGCCGGGGCCAGGCCCACAGCAUCCGCCAAGAGUUGAGGGAGACGGAGAGUUCCCGUAAACAUAAAGUUCUCAUCUCCCGGGAAGGGUCCCUUGGUCGGGGCGAGCCACCCCCAAAAGUACACAGCCGUCCCGACGCCGACAAGGAACGCAGCCGAAGAGCCAGCAAGGGACUUGCCGCGGCGGAGACGGGGGGUAUACCGCCCAUACAGCCUGCCAAAGGUGCUUGCGGCCGUAUCACACCAGCUCAGCAGCAGCGUGGCCAUAACUCCGACAUCCUUGGGAAAAAAGUACAGGGCCGUCCACGCACCCAAGAGGUAGAAGAUAACACCGUUGUAACCGGAAAACUCGCUCUCGCGCAUCAGGGCGCCCAGGACCUUGACGUAAAACCGGUUGAAUGGCUGGUAGUGAUGGCGCACCACAUCCACGGCGGCGAUGGGUAUCAAGGCACCCAUGAGGUAGGGGCACACAGAAUAAGUUUGUGUCCCCGAGAGGUAGAGCCAUACGACGAAGAAGCCGAUGGAUACGUGCAGGGCCUUCCGGGGUACCUCGUGCUUGUGCACAAACGUCCGCCAGUGCCUGUGGAUGGGAAUCAGACCGAGUGGGCUGGGACUUCGGCUAAAGUCCCGCCAGCUCCAUCCAUAAUAAAGUGAUGGUGUGGGCGGGGAGAGGUGCCCGUUUAUUUCUGGUGCUUUUUCGCCCGUGCUCCCGUUGGGCGUUGCGAUGGCUGUCGUCGUCGCCGCCGUCGCCGCGAUCGGCUUAAGAGCGCUGGAUGCCAUCCUUGAAGUUUUCCUUGGGCUUAGUUGGGCCACCUUUCGCGUGUCCAUCGGGCUGCGGCUUCGCGUCCGGGCCCUUGAGAGUUCUGGGCUCUCGUCCUCCUCGAUAUCCUCCUCUACUGGUAGUGGCGUCGCCAGCCUCCUCCUCGCCGCCGACCGAGUCAUCGGCCCGCUGUAUCCAUCCUGGUCGGUUCCAUCCUGCUCUGACGGCGUCGGACUCGGCGAUAUGACGCGCGGGGUAGAUGGGAUGGCUUGCUUUGUUCGGCCAGACAUAUCGUAGGGAAAUGGUGGUAGGGCUGGCAGUGCGACACAACCUUUGACGAUGCGUGGGAGACAGGAGAGCUGCAGCGGCCAGAGGGAGGUGGGAAGGAAGCAGUCUUUUCUCGGGUCGUUGGGCGAGAUAGGGGCGGGGGCUAGGGCAUUAAAGACGGCCUGGUGGUAUCGAAAGAAGGCUUGAACUUUUUCUGUGGAAUCCAGUGUGGUGUUUGGGUUGAUGCGGUGGAGUGUGAGUACUCCGCCGCAUGGCUGGUGCGAAAGGGUCGAAUCCCGGCGGUCCAGGGGGAGAGUCGAAUCGGUGCGUUCUUGGAUCCCGUUUCCCGUUGGGCAGUGCGGUGCGGCGGGCUUGGAGCGCGGUGCUGGGAGGAAGAGCGAAGAAAUUUCGGCUGGUGCGGGAGGGAAGACACAGCGGACAGCGGGCUGACCGGGGUGCUUUGAGGCCUCAGCGUUGCAUGUGACACUUGAUUUAAGAUGGGUUCAAUGUCGCUCACUAUUAGUGCCAGUGUCUGUGACUCUCUGACCCUCUUGUUGUCGAUGACAAAUUUUGGCUUGAUGUUUCUGAGAAGAGACAGGAUAAAUCCCCGUUUCGAUACUUCGUAUUCCUAAAAAGGAGUUGUUGUGAGGAGAGCUGUUUUUUGUGUGCUCAACGGUGCCUCACAUCCAAGUCCCGGCCAGCUCCAGCGGCCCUCCACAUUCUGCCAGUCCCGCCUGCAAGGAAUGACGUUACCGCCUGUAAUUAUGCACACAACAACUGAUAUUUUUUUUAUGAGUUCAGAUGGCAUCCCACCAUGGGUCACCUGUCCCGUCCUCCGUCCCUCCAAAUUCGCCCAUUUCCCGGGCUGAUUGCUUCACAAUUUAAAAGAAACUAAAGCCACGUCGACAUCAAGAAACACGGCCAGCCUUGGCCCACCACUGACGACAUCAUCAACCAGAACCCCCAAUGUCAUUUUGCUCAUGUGCUCACAUAUGGCCCGUGCUCUGAACCACAAGGGUGACCCGGUCUGCCAAGUCCAGCUGGGCUUAUCGAUAAGCUGAUAAGCCCUCUGCUAUCGAACUGAUCCCCGACAUUUUUUUUUGGAGGCUUCAAGCGGCAUGUCAAUUGCGCGACAAGCAGACGAAUAGAGGGGCUGUCCUUUUGUAUUCAAAUCCGACUUCAGAUGGCGCCAGUUCAACCACGCGCCAAAAAGACCCCCAGGACUUGGGAUUCGCUGAACCAGAGUCUCCCUCCAUGGAUCCUCGACUAUCUUCAGACGUCUGGCUUUGAGCAGCCGACGCCAGUGCAGAAGUCGACACUCGAUCUUUUCAGGGGGAACAAGGAUGUCGUCGUGGAAGCUGUCACCGGUAGUGGCAAGACGCUGGCUUAUUUGAUUCCAGUGGUCGAAAAACUCUUGCGCGGAGACGAAGCAGCCAAGAGGCACCAUGUCCAAGGCAUCAUCAUUGCGCCCACCCGCGAGCUGGCGCAACAGAUCUACAACGUUUGCGUCAGCCUCAUCAAGUUCCACCCUCAGUCGGCCGAGCAGCUGCAACAUGACCGAGACGAGAAGCGAACCAUCACAUCCGAACCGGUCGUCUACCCCCAGCUUCUAGUGGGAGGAACGACAAAAGCGGCCGAAGACCUGAGCGCAUUCCUGAGGUUAUCACCAAACCUCCUCAUCGGCACACCCGGCCGACUCGCCGAGCUCCUCGCCUCCCCUUAUGUCAAGGCCCCCGCCUCCACCUUUGAAGUCCUCGUCAUGGACGAAGCCGACCGCUUACUAGACCUUGGUUUCUCCCAAGAACUCAACCGCAUCCUCGGCUAUCUCCCCAAGCAGCGCCGUACAGGCUUGUUCAGCGCCUCCCUCAGCGACGCCGUAGAGCGCCUCGUCACAGUCGGCUUACUAUACCCUCACCGCAUCACCGUUCGGGUACGAAACCUCAAAGACGGCGGCGAAAUCCAAGAGCGCAAGACCCCAAUGUCCCUCCAAAUGUCGUACCUCAUCACCCCCGCCAGUCAAAAAAUCCCGGCGCUCUGCCAGAUCCUCGAAAAACUCAACCCCCGCCCGGCCCGAUCCAUCGUCUUUUUCUCUACCUGCUUCGCGGUAAAAUACUUUGCCAAGGUCCUCCACGGCGUUCUCCCAGAAGGCUUCAGCAUUGUCUCACUCCACGGCAAACUCGAGCCCCAAGUCCGCGAAAAGAACUUCGAGCGUUUCGUCAACUCGACCUCCCCAUCCAUCCUCUUGACCACCGACAUCGCCGCCCGCGGUCUGGACAUUCCACAAGUCGACUUGGUAGUCCAACAUGACCCACCGACAGACACAAAGGUGUUCAUCCACCGCUGCGGCCGUGCCGGUCGCGCCGGACGUCGCGGUUUGGCGGUGGUGUUGCUCCAACCAGGUCGUGAGGAAGGUUAUCUCCAACUGCUGGAAGUGAGACAAACACCAUGCACACCGUUGGAAAGACCCGAAAUUGUUCUUUCUGAAGAGAAAGCCAAGGAGAUCUCGACAAAAGUAAGGAAACAAGCCAUCACGGACAGGGAAGUGUACCAGCUCGCCCAGAGGGCGUUUGUUUCGUGGGCGCGAAGCUACAUUGAACACCAAGCCUCUUCCAUCUUUCGGAUUUCUGACCUGGACUGGGUGGACCUAGCCCACGGCUACGGGCUGGUCGAACUCCCCAAGAUGCCGGAGAUCAAGGGCAAAAACAUUGACCGUUCCCUCGGCCUGGGCAUAGACGUGGAAGCCAUUCCGUUCAAGGACAAACUCCGCGAAGAGAAGAGAUUGGAAGAACUGGAAAAAUGGAAAAAGGAAAAGGCGGCUAGGGUGGCUAGCCAACAGGAAAAUGGGGAGCGGGCGGGGCAAAAGAGGAAGACGAACGAGGCUUGGAGUGAGAAGCAGGAUGCGGAGGAGCUAAAGGUGGCGAGGAGAGAAAAGAAGAGGAAGAGGAAAGAGGCGGAGAGGGCGAGCAAGAUGACGGAACGGGAAAGGGAGGAGCACAUGAAGCUGGAGGAUAUGAUUGAGCUUGUGAGGAAACAGAAUGAGGAGAAGGCUAGGCAAGAGGCGGAGGAGAGGAGGAAGGAGAGGGUGUUGGGGGGGGACGGGAAGACGUUUGGGGCUUUUGGGAAGGGUGGUGGUAGUGGGGGUGGGGUGAUGACGAAAAAAAAAAUGGUGGUGGGAGAGGAGGACAGUGAUGAGGAGGAGUUUGGCGGGUUUGACGAUUAACGGAUGUAGUGUGCGUGGAAGGUGAAAAAUAUAGAAG